AUGUUGGGACGAGAAACACCUCCUUCAUCUAAAUGUGCCCUUAACUUUGGAGUACGCUUGCCAUCUGUCAAGCAAAAUAGCUCUCUCAAUGUUAGUCCUAUUAAAGGGUUGAACCCGUAUCAAAGUAAAUGGACAAUAAAAGGGUGGGUCAUAAGCAAGAGAAAAAUGCACCCAUACAACACACCAAGAUCCUUUCGUCAAGUGUUCAAUUUAGACAUUAUAGAUGAUGAAGGAACUGAAAUUAGAGUCACUUGUUUCAAUGAUACAACAGAGUUGCAUUAUGACAAGGUUGAAGUAGGAGAAUUUUAUUAUGUGUCGAAAGGUUCUGUUAGAGAAUCUAAUACAAAAUAUAAUAAACUAAAUAAUCAUCUUGAGAUUACUUUGGAUGAAGCUUCAAUAUUGAAGCGUUGUGAUCAUGUUGUCCCUACACCAGAUAAUGCUUCAUGGUUCACGCCCAUUAAUGAAAUUAAAAACUAUAGUAACAAUACUUUAAUUGAUGUUAUUGGUGUUGUGGUUAGAUUUGGAGAGAUCUCAAAAAUACGUAGAAAAGAUGGAAGUGAGGUGAAAAGGAGAGUAGUGAAAAUAAACGAUAUGUCAACUAUUAGUAUUGAUGUUAUGUUAUGGGGUGUAAUAUGGGAAGGAUUAGGCGAGGAUUUGAAAAACAUGCAUGCAUUUGGAAGCCUCAUGGUCCUUGCUAUUGUAAGUGGUUGUGUUGGUUAUUUCAAUGGAAAGGAAAAUAAGAGAUUGUCUGUGUCUCUGGGGAAAGGUAAGAGGAAGAUGGAGGAAGGCGAGCCUAGCAAGGAAGAGUCGACUCAGAGCAAAAAGGGCAAAAAAGCUACUGGGGUGAAAAUUCAGGAGGACAAGGAUAAUCAAAAGGAGACGGAGAUUGACUUAGAGGAUAUCAGAAAAGAUGGUAGUGAGAUGGAAACUGAUGAGUCUGGAGGAGAGGAAAGCUGGAAAGAAGAGGAAGGAGGAGCUGAGGACGUUUUUGAUCAUGAUAAUCCUACCCACAGUUGGGAAGAGAAAAUGAAGAAAGAUGAUAGGGACCAAGAGCAGUGGAAGAAGGAUAUGGAGGAAAAAGCAAAGAAGCUGGAAGCUUAG